GCAGCCCUAGUGUGCAAGUGGAAGAAGGAAAUGAAAUAUAUUAUUCGAAUAAAAUCUUGUGCAAUUUAAUAUUAAUUUAAUUGUGAUAAGUUGGAUAAAUAAAUAGUCGCAGGUGUGUUAACUUUGGUCGAGCUGUGGGAGCGCACGCUAUACAAUACGCGGCAACGAGUAGCAUCGCGGCACCAAGUAGCAUCGCAUCGCGUCAUUGCUGUACUAAAAACUAAAAAUUGCCGUAUUCGUAUUCCGCCAUUUUGAAAGCUGCGAGUGGAAUUUGGACGCGUUGCUGGAUUUCAAUUGCUCGAUUUCAAUAUGAAGCGCCAAAAAUGAUUGCAGCACCGUUUGCAUCGUCUUCGUCUUGAAAAGGUUUUGUUUCCCAUUGAUUUAAUUAAAGCCAUCGUAAGCGUGCGGUUGGGGACGGACGAGAGAACCAAUAAUAACGCAAGGAACCCAGCAAAGAAAUCAACCAACAAAAAAAGGGCCAAAGGGAAUAGACAGAUCCCCAGCGCCUGUUCUCUCUCUCCCAUAAAACGGAUACUAAACAGAGCAAAACAAUCGAAAAGGAUAAAAAACAACAAAGGCUAGCAGCAGUGACACAGCAGCAGCAGUAGCAGCAGCAACAGCAGCAGCAGUGCCAGGACACAGGACAGAAAUAACAGAAAAAAAUGGACAAGAAUCUGAUGAUGCCGAAGCGUUCGCGCAUUGACGUUAAAGGCAGCUUUGCCAAUGGUCCGCUGCAGGCGCGUCCACUGGUGGCCUUGCUGGAUGGCCGGGACUGUUCGAUCGAGAUGCCCAUACUGAAGGAUGUGGCCACGGUUGCCUUCUGCGAUGCACAAAGCACCUCCGAAAUACACGAGAAGGUGCUCAAUGAGGCAGUUGGCGCUCUGAUGUGGCACACUAUUAUCUUGACAAAGGAGGAUCUUGAGAAGUUCAAAGCUUUACGCAUCAUUGUGCGCAUUGGCAGCGGCACAGACAACAUCGAUGUGAAGGCAGCGGGCGAACUGGGCAUCGCCGUUUGCAACGUUCCCGGCUAUGGUGUCGAGGAGGUGGCGGACACAACAAUGUGCCUGAUCCUGAACCUCUACCGGCGCACAUACUGGCUGGCGAACAUGGUGCGCGAAGGCAAAAAGUUCACGGGCCCCGAGCAAGUGCGAGAGGCAGCGCAUGGCUGUGCACGCAUACGCGGCGAUACCUUAGGCUUAGUUGGACUGGGUCGCAUUGGCAGCGCCGUUGCCUUGAGAGCAAAAGCAUUUGGCUUCAAUGUCAUCUUCUAUGAUCCCUACCUACCCGACGGCAUUGAUAAGUCACUGGGCCUCACACGCGUCUACACGCUGCAGGAUCUGCUAUUCCAGUCCGACUGCGUCUCACUGCAUUGUACGCUCAACGAGCACAAUCAUCAUUUAAUCAAUGAAUUCACAAUUAAACAGAUGCGACCUGGUGCAUUUCUGGUGAACACCGCACGCGGCGGUCUGGUCGAUGACGAGACCUUGGCGUUGGCGCUGAAACAGGGACGGAUAAGAGCUGCCGCAUUGGAUGUGCACGAAAACGAACCUUACAAUGUAUUUCAAGGCGCCCUCAAGGAUGCUCCAAAUCUGAUUUGCACACCACAUGCCGCCUUCUUCAGCGAUGCGUCCGCCACGGAGCUGCGCGAAAUGGCAGCCACUGAGAUCCGGCGAGCAAUUGUCGGCAAUAUUCCAGAUGUGCUGAGGAAUUGUGUCAACAAGGAGUACUUUAUGCGCACGCCGCCAACCGCUGCGGCCGGUGGCGUCGCGGCGGCUGUUUAUCCCGAAGGAUUAAAUGGCGGCUAUUAUACAGGCGCACUGCAUCAUCGGGCACACAGCACCACACCGCACGAUGGUCCCCACAGUACAACAAACAUUGGCAGCAGCAGCAGCAGCUCUGCUCUGGCUCAGCCGCCGCCGCCGCCAAACUCCGUAGCCGCUGCUGCGGCCGCCGUGGCCGCUGCAGCAGCCGCACUCCUGCCGUCACCGGUGCCGCCGACCGUUGUGCCCACGGUGCCGCACUUGUCGCCGCAAGUUGGUGGACUGCCGCUCGGAAUUGUGAGUAGCCAAUCGCCCCUGAGUGCGCCCGACCCUAAUAAUCAUCUGUUAUCGAGCAUAAAAGCGGAGGUUAAGGCCGAGUCAACGGAGACGCCGUAGGCUGUUGCUGAUGCAUCGCAGCUGGAGCCGAGAGCUGGAGUGACAACGGGCAGUGGUGCCUGGAUAUCGCACCAGCGAGACGAGACAAGCGUGGCCAGUAGAUGGAUAACCAACCCCCAACUAUACUUUGCUGCUAAGGAGAGUAGUCGGCAGUCGGCAUGGUCUGUCUUUCAGUGUCGCCUCUUCUGUCCUAUUGCUGCUGUCUGUCGUCUGCUCGACGAUUCCAGGCGCACCUGCGCCAGCGCUUGAUUUGAAUUUUUCCAAGUUUCUAUGUUACAUAUAUAAUUUAAAGUACGAUACACAUUUGCAUUACCACAAAACCCCAAAACCCAAACACACAAAAGAAGAAGAAUAAUCGGCAAAGGAAGGAAAGUAAGAAAUGCGAUGCAAAAGAGGAUGAAGCGAAAAGGAUGAUGAGAGACAACACCACACCACACGCCUCAAAAUUAACUACAUAUUUAGUGUUUAAUUUGUAACUAUUUAGAACUUUAUACAGUUACAAUCGUAAGAUUUUUAUUUGUAUUGCAGGAAAUUGUAAGUGAAGAAAGAAAUAUGUUACUACAUAUAAGCGCAAAACAAAAACAAUGUUGGAAACUUUUAAAUUACGAGAGAAAGAAAAAAGAAACAAAACAAAACACACACAACAAUUAUGGCAUACAAAACAAAACAAAACGAAACAAAAGCAACACACAAGAUGAGAGACGUUUAGUGCUUAAGAUACGUUUAAAGUACAUAAUAAAACAAAAGAAAAAGAAGAAACGA